CUGCCGCAGCCGCGGGGAUGCGGCGCCGCCUCCGCUGAGCGCAGCGCGGCCGAGCCGGCAGCAUGACGGUGGAGUUCGAGGAGUGCAUCAAGGACUCGCCCCGGUUCCGGGCGACCAUCGAUGAGGUGGAGACAGAUGUGGUGGAGAUUGAGGCAAAGCUGGACAAGCUGGUGAAGCUGUGCAGCGGGAUGAUCGAGGCGGGCAAGGUUUACAUCACCACCAACAAACACUUUGUGAGCGGCGUGCGGGACCUGUCCCAGCAGUGCCGCAAGGACCGCAUGGUGUCGGAGUGCCUGGAUAAAUUUGGGGACAGCCUGCAGGAAAUGAUCAAUUAUCACAUGAUCCUGUUUGACCAGGCCCAGAGGUCGGUCCGGCAGCAGCUGCACAAUUUUGUCAAAGAGGACGUGAGGAAGUUCAAGGACACCAAGAAGCAGUUCGACCGUGUGCGGGAGGACCUGGAGCUGUCGCUGGUGAAGAACGCGCAGGCGCCGCGCCACAAACCCCACGAGGUGGAGGAGGCCACGGGCACCCUGAGCAUCACCAGGAAGUGCUUCAGGCACCUGGCCCUGGACUAUGUGCUGCAGAUCAACGUGCUGCAGGCCAAGAAGAAAUUUGAGAUCCUGGAUGCUAUGUUGUCCUUCAUGCACGCCCAGUUCACCUUCUUCCAGCAGGGCCACGGGCUGCUGCACCAGCUGGAGCCCUACAUGAAGAAACUGGCCUCGGAGCUGGACCAGCUGGUGAUCGACUCAGCCGUGGAGAAGAGGGAGAUGGAGCACAAGCACGCCCUGAUCCAGCAGAGGACCCUCCUGCAGGAUUUCUCCUACGACGACUCCAAGGUGGAGUUCAACGUGGACGCCCCCAACGGGGUGGUGAUGGAGGGUUACCUGUUCAAGAGAGCCAGCAACGCCUUCAAAACCUGGAACAGGAGAUGGUUUUCCAUCCAGAACAGCCAGCUCGUCUACCAGAAGAAGCUCAAGGACGUCCUGACCGUGGUGGUCGAGGACCUGAGGCUCUGCUCAGUCAAGCCCUGCGAGGACAUCGAGAGGAGGUUCUGCUUUGAGGUUGUCUCCCCCACCAAGAGCUGCAUGCUGCAGGCUGACUCCGAGAAGCUGCGCCAGGCCUGGAUCCAGGCAGUCCAGGCCAGCAUUGCCUCUGCCUACAGAGAGAGCCCCGACAGCUACUACAUCGAGAGGUUGGACAGAACAGCCUCCCCCUCCACCAGCAGCAUCGACUCGGCCACGGACUCGCGGGAGCGCGGCGGGAAAGGGGAAACGAUCCUGCAGAGGGUGCAGAGCAUCCCUGGGAACGAGCAGUGCUGCGACUGUGGGCAGCCAGACCCGCGCUGGGCCAGCAUCAACCUGGGCAUCCUGCUGUGCAUCGAGUGCUCCGGCAUCCACAGGAGCCUGGGUGUUCACUGCUCCAAGGUGCGAUCGCUCACGCUGGAUUCCUGGGAGCCGGAGCUGCUCAAACUGAUGUGUGAGCUGGGCAACAGCACCAUGAACCAGAUUUACGAGGCGCAGUGCGAGGAGCUGGGGCUGAAGAAACCGACACCGGGGAGCUCCAGGCAGGACAAGGAGGCCUGGAUCAAGGUGAAGUACGUGGAGAAGAAGUUCCUGAAGAAGCUGCCGGCGGGGGAGGCGCUGGCCAAGCCCCGGCGCUGGUGCCUCAAGCAGUGCCAGCGGCUCCACGGCGGCCCCAGGGCGGCGGCGGCGCGGCGGAAACGGCGCCAGGAGCCGGGCGGAGCCUCCCCGGCCCUGCUGGCGUCAGCCGCCGCCUCCCUGGAGCGGAAGUUCCGCCGGGAUUCGCUCUUCUGCCCCGACGAGCUCGACUCGCUCUUCUCCUACUUCGACACCGGCGCCGGCGCCGGGCCCCGCAGUCUGAGCAGUGACAGUGGCCUGGGCGGCAGCACCGACGGCAGCAGCGACGUGCUGGUGUUUGGCUCGGUGGUGGACAGCGUCACCGAGGAAGAGUGCGAGGUGUCGGAGGAGUCGAGCGGGGAGGCGGAGCUGGAUCCGGAGGUGGCGGAGCCGGAGGACGUGCGGGAGCUGCACCCGGGGCUGCUGCUGUCGCGGGCGGCGCUGGCCCGGAACGUGCCGCUGAUGGCCACGGCGCUGGCCCACGGCGCCGACACCAACUGGGCCAACGAGGAGGACGAGAGCAAAACGCCGCUGAUGCAGGCGGUGGCCGGGGGCUCCUUGAUCGCCUGCGAGUUCCUGCUGCAGAACGGGGCUGACGUGAACCAGAGGGACGCGCGGGGCCGGGCGCCGCUGCACCACGCCACGGCCCUGGGGCACACGGGGCAGGUGUGCCUGUUCCUGAAGCGCGGCGCCACCCAGCACGCGCCGGACGGGGACGGGCAGGACCCGCUGAGCAUCGCCGUGAGCGCGGCCAACGCCGACAUCGUCACCCUGCUGCGCCUGGCGCGGAUGAACGAGGAGAUGCGGGAGGCCGAGGGGCCGCUGGGGCAGCCGGGGCAGUACCCGAGCAGCAGCCCCACGGAGCUGCAGUACAGGAAAUGCAUCCAGGAGUUCAUCAGCCUGCACAUCGACGAGUGCUAGGGACACGGCCCUGCCCCUGGAAAUUCCACCCUCGGAAAUUCCACCCUCGGAAAUUCCACCCUCGGAAAUUCCCACUCGGAUAUUCCGUGUUUUCCUCGCAGUUUGGUGAUGCCUGCACCCCCCCCCAGGGUUGAGCUGUGCCUGCAGGAAGGCUGAGGGUUUUUUGUUUUUUUUUUUUUUUUUGUUAUUCCUGUGGGGUUUUGAGUUCUCAUGCUUGACUACUGGAUGGUUGGUUUUUUCUAAUUUUAAUUUUGGGGGGGGUGGUGGUUUUGGUUUUUUGGUUUGUUUUUUUUUUUGGAGUAGGAGCCUCCCCAGGGUGUGACCGUGUGGGCUGGAGUGUGUGGGAAGUGUGGGAGAUGAGCUUAGAGUUUAAAAAAAAAAGGAAAAAAAAAAGAGAAAAAAAAAGGAGAAGAAAAAAAAGAGAAGAAAAGGAAAAACCUUCUGUCACCAGGAGAGAGCCACCAACACCAGGAGUGGACAAAGCUGGGCCUGAACCAGUCCAAGGUGCCCUCCCAGGCUGGAUUUGGGGCUGGGAUGCUCCAGAGGCCCAGUGAAUCAGGACUGGGAUUGGGAUUGGGAUUGGGAUUGGGAUUGGGAUUGGGAUUGGGAUUGGGAGCUCAGGCUCCUCCUUCUGCUGCUCUCAGGACUGAACCAGCCACGCUCCCCUCGCUCGCUGCCCUGGCUGCUCAAAGCCAUAGAGCCCUGCUGGAAUUCCAGGGAGAUUCCUGGGGGGGAUUCCCAUCCCUGCAGCAUUCCCAGGAUUCCCAUCCCUGC